GGGUGGGGGCACAAGGUGCAGGGGUUUUGUCGCCAGCUGGUCAGGAGAAUGGUGUAUGAGGCUGGAAGGAAGUUUGUGAAGUCAGACCACUGUGACCGUGUCUGUUUGACCCAGGUAGUGAGCUGGUAAGUGUGCCCAGGUCCCUGUAAGUCUGUGUAUGUGCAUGUGAAAGGGCAGGUACCAAGCGAGCCUUCACCUCUUAAGUUGAUGUCAUUUGAUGUGAAACUAGGUGGGCUGGCCUGAGUGGCUGUGAACUGUAGUAGGAUGUCCGUGCUCCUGGGUCACUGGCUGUCUACGUGCUUCUGAGGGGGGCAGUCAGGAACUCAAGCAGCAAUUUGGAAUUUAUGAUCAUCCAAAUCUUUCAGUUCCCCCCACCCCAACCCCCAUUCCUGUGAGGUUCCUGGCUGUGGUUCUAGAAGGAUUUCGCAAUCUCCUGAGAGACUGAAGCACCAGUCUUGGCUCUCACUCUCUGGAUCUCUCUCUCUCUCUCUCUCUCUCUCUCUCUCUCUCUCUCUCUCUCUCUCUCUCUCUCUGUCUUUCUCUCCUUCCCAGCUUUUCCAUUCUCACAAUUCUUCUCCCAAGGCUGCUGUAAACCACAUCCCUGAGAAACUUUUCUAGAAGUUCCUCUACCCUUAGGUGCCAAGAGCAGGCCUGGUUCAUACUUAGCUACCUACCCAAUCGAGAACAACUCAAGAAUCCUCCCCACCCUGAGCCCUGCCCCUGGAGAGGCCUCAGAGACAGAAGCUGUGCCCAACCCUAGUUUCUCAUCCUAGUGGCCCCUGAGUCGUCCCCAGAUCUCUGGCAUGUGGUAUGUGCACCAGGAGUCAAGCCACUCAGCUUCAUGAGCUGGGUCCUUGGGGACCUCUUCCUUUGACCCUCCACCUCCAAGGCAGCUUCAUAGGGAGAAAGAAGCUGUUGGAGUCCCUUGGAUGAAGACUUGGGAGAAGUCUCAGCUCCACCGCUUGUCCCAAAGGGCAGUCUCUCAGUUCAGGGGUUUGCUUUCUCAAACCUCAGCUCCGGCCGCUGCUCAGUCUCCCCAGACUGGGGGCCGCCUCUCCCCAUGUGAAGGGGCUGGCACUGGGCCCCAGACCAUGAUGUCGGGAGCCUCUUGCUGAAAUCUGCCCAGAACCCAAAGCCAGUUCAGAGGAAGAGGAGGAUAGAACAGGCAACGGGGACCAUGGCUGUGUCGGCCCAGCUGGCCAGGGCCCUCUAUGACAACACAGCGGAAUCUCCAGAGGAACUGUCCUUCAAACGUGGGGAUGUACUCCGAGUGCUGCAAAGGGAAGGGGCUGGGGGGCUGCAAGGUUGGUGUCUCUGCUCCCUUCACGGCCAGCAGGGGAUCGUGCCUGCCAACCGAGUGAAGCUUCUGCCCACCGGCCCCAGCCCUGAGUCCAGCCUUUACCAGGUGCCUCCUACUCACCAGAGCACGCCUGAUCUAGUCCCUGGGCCUGGUCAGACGGAACAGGAGGUCUAUGUGACACCCCCACCACCUCGGCCCUGUUCUGACCCAAGACCUUCACCUGGGCCCUGCCCACCAUCCCCAGAAGCCAUCUACAAAGUCCCCAGAAGUAGUGGGACACAAAUAGAUGCCUCUGGAGAUACUCGAGAGGUUUAUGAUGUACCCCCCACUGCUCUUCGAGUUCCCCCCAGUGAUCCCUAUGACUCCCCAGUUCCUUUCCCCCCGCCCCCUAACCCGAGCAUCACUCAACUCCCUCGGGGAGAAGAGGCUCCCUAUGAUGUUCCCCCAGCUAUGAAGCCAUCUCCAGAACCCGACCUGGAGUGGGAAGGGGGCAGGGAACCAGAGCCCCACCUCUACGCAGCCCCCUCCAACCUGAAGCGAGUACCAGCCUUGCUCAAUUUGUAUGAAGCACCAGAAGAGCUUCUGGGAGAGAGCACCUCCGCCAGUAGCGAUGAAGCCAUCUAUGACGUGCCGCUGCUGGGUCCUGAGGAGCCAAUGCCUCCUGGACCUCCUAGUCCCCCUAGCUCCAGUCCUGCCCCGAAUGAUCUAGAGACCCUAGCCCUGCUUCUGGCCCGGAGCCCACCUCCACCUCCUCGGCCCAGGCUCCCCUCUACUGAGAGUCUGUCUCGGCGUCCAUUGCCUGCCCUGCCUGUCCAGGAACUCUCAGCCCCAUCUCCUGUCCCCUCUCCUGCCUCUGGCCGAAAAGGCAAUAUCCAGGAUCGGCCACUGCCCCCACCACCUCCCCGUGUGCCCAGCUAUAUGGGACUCAAAACUGAGGGAGACGAGGAAGGAAGAGUGGGUGAUGCAGGGGCAGGGACAGCAGACCACCACAAUGAGUAUGAGGGCAUCCCCCUAGGCGAGGAGUAUGACUACGUUCAUCUGAAGGGAAUGGAGAGAAUCCAAGGGUCUGAUCCUCUGGAUGGGGCCACACCCAGUGGCCCUGAGUCGAUGCUUCGAGAGAGGCAGCUGCAAGAGGAACAGGAGGCCCUAAUUCCAGGGGAUCCCCUUGAUCUGCCUUCCGGGGACCUGCAGCUAUUACACUUCUAUGCUGGACAGUGCCAAAGCCACUAUUCUGCUUUGCAGGCAGCUGUGGCAGCCCUACUGGCCAGUACGAGAGCCAACCAUCCCCCUCGCCUCUUUGUGCCCCACAGCAAACGGGUGGUAGUAGCAGCCCACCGGCUGGUGUUUGUAGGAGACACCCUGGGCCGGUUGGCUGCAUCAGCCCCUUUGCGUGCCCAGGUUGGCACCGCCGGGGCUGCUUUGGGUCAGUCACUACGAGCAGCUGUGCUGGCUGUCAAGGGUGCUGCCCUAGGUUACCCCUCAGGCCCUGCUGCACGAGAGAUGACCCAGCGGGUUGCUGAGUUGGCUGGACAAGCAUUGCAAUUCACCACCCUGCUCACUGGCCUAGCACCCUGAGCAUCACACCUUCCAUACUUUCCCCCCAACCCACCCCCAUCCCCUGCCCAAUUCCAACCCAACCUAGAACUCCCUCCCCUGUCUGAAAUGACCAACUCCUCCCCUGUCUUCUGGAGACUUCAGGGAGGUCCCUAACCCUGUCAGCCCCCUGCUCCAUGGCUGCCCUGUGGAUACUGGGAGUGUGAUAGGCAGUUGACCCUCCUCAAGCCUUUUCAUUCCCUAGGAUCAUCUCAUUCUCCCUUACUUCUCCACUGUGGAUUCUCCUUCUCUUUUCCAUUUCCUCCUUCAGCAGCUUUUUGUACGAACCAUUUUAUAUAAAUUAUUUAUAUUUAAUAUUAUUCCCCAAAUUGUUAGGGGAGGGAAAGAGGAAGCACAUGGUCUGCCAUAGUAGUUGGGGGGAGGAUUUCUCAUCCUGCCCCCAUCUUGGCAUUUGGUCACUUACCUUCCCCAGCUCAGUGUCAAGAAGAAAAAAUACACAACAAAGGCAAAAUGCUGGAGGAACAGGGAAGCCACUUCUUUGCAUCCUGAGGUCAGGGUAAGCUCAGGACUCUCUGCAUCUCCAAGGGAGAUGGUGAGGUGAGGAUGAAGCAAGGAGCCCACACCUUAGGCCAUGAGGGAGUGGCUGAAGCUGGAAAUCUUCUGGAACUGAAUACGGGAUCAUGGGAAGGCCCCUGAGAAGACUGUGGGGGAAAGAAGGGGAAGGCAGACAGUAUCAUAAACUGGAACUGUGCGCCUCAAUAAAACCUGCUCUUUGUCAACCA